GGCUGCGGCGGCGCUUCGGCUAUGGUGCGGAGGGGGGGUUGCGCUGCUGCUGCUCCCGCCGCCCCGCCUGCCUGCCUGCCGCCGCCCGUUUCCCCGCCCUCCCUCUCGCCGCUUCCGAGGCUGCUGGGCGAAGACGGAGCCUGGCAGCAGCAGGACCCUCCAGACCGCCGGCGGCAGCAGCAGCCUGAGCUGCCCCUCGUGCCUCUCCGAGCCCGUUUGCUGGCAGGUGGAAUGGAGCAGCCAUGAAUGGUGAUACCCUUUGCCAAGAGCCUCCCUCCCAGCUUCCAGACUGGAGGGAAUUCUGUGAGCUUCAUGCCCAGGCUGCCGCUGUGGACUUCGCCCAGAAAUUCUGCCAGUUCCUGAAGGAGAACCCUCACUACGACACUCCCGGGGCAGAGACCUCUUUCUCUCAUCAUUUUGCUGCUAACUUCUUGGACAUCUUCAGCCUGGAAGUCAACAGGGUCUUUGUAUCAGAUUCUCCCACCAAAUACAACAUUGUACCCUUUGUGGGGCUUCAGAACUGCCACAUGCCCUACGGCCGGGAUAUCUUGCCGAGGAAAGAUCAGACCUCUACAGAAUCUCUGGACAGCAUGGACAACCCCGUGCCCUCGAGCAGAUAUCUAAGCCAAUCCCAGCAAGUUCAGAUACGAAAGGUCUCCUCCUAUGGCCAGUCCCGGAGCUCAGAGGACGUCUCUGUUCAUACUACCUCUAAGCCUAAAUUCAAGAAAGGUUUCUCCUUGAGGAACAUGAGUUUGUGCGUGGUGGAUGGAAUGAAAGAGAUGUGGCACAGAAGGUCUUCUCCAGAGCCUGGCACAGAAGCUACCCAAGGCAAGCGGUCCGACAGGGAACACUGUCCCUCUGGGAACAAGGAACACAGUGAUUCCAGGGAAAAAUGGACUCACAAGCUGCGGCUUACUAAAGGCCAGUCUUCCAAGGUGGACCUGGUGGACAUUCAAAGAGAGGGGACCCUCCGCUACAUGGUAGCUGAUGAUACGAACUGUGUGGGCAGCUCUCAGUGGCAGAAAUGUCGCCUGUUGCUGCGGAAAGCUGUGAAGAUGGAGGGGGAAAGGUUCCUUCUGGAGUUUUAUGUUCCUCCUAAGGCAUCCAAAGCUAAGGUCAGCAUUCCUCUCUCUGCCAUUAUCGAGGUUCGGACCACCAUGCCUUUGGAGAUGCCAGACAAAGACAACACUUUUGUGCUGAAGGUAGAGAAUGGUGCGGAGUACAUCCUGGAAACAAUUGACUCCUUACAGAAGCACUCGUGGGUGGCGGAUAUACAGGACUGUAUAGAUCCUGGGGACAGCGGUGAUGACAUCGAACUCGCCUCCUGCACCCAGGGUGCCUGCCUACCUGGCAGAGUCUCCUCUUGCAGCUGUGAAUUCCUGGCUGACGAUGUGCCCCGGUUUCAGGACACAUGUGCCGGAUCUGCUCCAGAUGCUGUGCCAAAUGCUGCCACCGUCAUCACAGCGCCACAUGGUAGGCUCAGGGACUCUUUGGGCGAGCACAGAGGCCACGUGCCGUUGGAGAACUUCCUGCAGACACUGGAGACACCGGCUGCUGGAAGUCAUUUAGCUGGAGAGGAAAGUGAGACGGAAGCAGAGAUCAACCUCUCGGACUUUCCAUGGUUCCAUGGGACUCUGUCCCGGGUCAAAGCUGCCCAGUUGGUGCUGUUUGGAGGAGCCAGGAGUCACGGGCUGUUUGUCAUUCGGCAGAGUGAAACGCGACCAGGAGAAUAUGUACUGACGUUUAACUUUCAGGGAAAAGCAAAGCAUCUGCGACUGUCCUUGAAUGAGAACGGUCAGUGCCACGUCCAACACCUCUGGUUCCAGACCAUCUUUGACAUGCUGAGGCAUUUUCACAUGCACCCCAUCCCCCUGGAGUCAGGCGGUUCCGCUGACAUCACGCUCCGCAGCUACGUGGUUGCCCCAGCCUCCUUGCCUGAGGUGAGCCCGUCCCCAGUUGUGGCUUCCCAACAGCCCAGCUGCAGAAAUGAUCUCCAGUCUCAACACUACUUUUCCAGCUUUGUCCCGGGCACUUUCCAGCCUGCCUCCCCUUCAGAGGGCACAACUUCCUCUUCUUCCUCCUCUGCCAGCCAUUCGCUCUACCAUCGAGUGGAAGGGACCCUCAGUGCCCGCAGCCGCAGCAACAGCACCGAGCGCCUGUUUGACUCCUCUGCUGUCGGUGUGGAGGAUUACCAUGAAAGUGAGGGCUCACGCAACAGAACCAGAGCAGUGGAGAACCAAUACUCAUUUUACUGAUGGCGCUGAUGGAGGGGUUUUCAGGCUCCCAUUUCCUCUUUCCCUUUGGAAUGGUCACUUAUGAGUGGGGAGAGUCAACGAGCCACUGGUUUCUCGGUUCCUUGAGAAUCUUACCCUUCUGGUGGCUUUUUUUUGGGGGGGGGGUGUUUCCUCCUUCUGGCCUCUGAACAUGUGUGCUGUCGUUUCUGCAGGCCACUCAGUACUCUUUGUCAUGGGGGGGUGUUUCCUCUCUCUGUUCUCUGAACAUGUGUGCUGUCGUUUCUGUGGGCCGCACGGUACUCUUUGUCAUUUCCUUCAGUGCUUUCAACUCAAGAUGGGCCUUUUUAUUCCCAGACUCUCAGGAGUGAAGAAGAAACAUCCAGGUGAUGCACAGCUUGUUUCUUGGUUUCCAAAUGAAAGCCUGAGGGGCAGAAGCGUGAGGAGGAUAGGGGAAGAUGCUCCAUUCCCAUGUCUCUGCGGGGCAAGCCUCACUUGUCUCGGAUUGGCUUCCACCCAGCUAGCUACAUUCAACUGGAAAAGAAUGUGCAAAUUAAAUGUUAACUGCGCUGCGGCUGAGUCCCCUUUUAAGUGAUCCUUACCAUGAGCAGCCCCCUUGGCUCCUAGAGAGUGGGAUUGUUGGAUUGUGGUUGUCUGCCUCUUGCAGGUUCUGUGGUCCUCUUUUUAAAGAUGUAGGGCUCUGAGUACACUCCACAUUACCACUCUGGGUAUCUUUUUUAUGCCCUUUCCAAAUUCUUCUCUCAUAAUUCAGAGCUGUUGGAGCACAACGAUGCAAAUUAAGGAAGUACAAAGGCUUCUGUCAGAUAUGUGGUCUGCCUAGCUGAGCUUUGUCUACCACAUCGGGCAGUGGUUCCACUGAACUAGCCCUUGCUGAUUUUAACGUAAAGGCCUCAGGAGGGUUUGGAGAAUGCCGACUCUCUGAAUGUUAUCAAUUUAUGUCUAGACAGCGGGAGAUCAAUGACAGGAUACUGAUGCAGGAAAAAAAGAUGCAUGUAACUGGAAGUUGGUUUAUAGGCCCCAACUUGCUGCUAACAGCCGUCCAAUUGCUGUGUUAAAUUUUGUUUGCACUCACAAGUCUUUCCUGCAGCAGUUUUGAGCACACCACUCUUCAGUGGUGAAACAGGGCUUUUCAUUAGAUAUCGGUCGAUAGCUGGAGAGCUCUUGCACCUAAAUCUCAGCAGUCUUUAGUAGCUGGGGGUUCUUUUCUGCUCAUAAUUUUCCCUAAAGCAAAAGGCAACCUAAGUUAGGAAGUGCACAAUGCUGCCUUCUGUUUCUGCCAUGCCAACUUUGUGUGCGACAAAGCGGCUAUAUUCUUGAUGGAUUACCCCAUUCAAUUAGGGAAGAACUGAGAUUGGGUGCAGAGCCCCGUGUCUUCGGAGACCACACAAAUCAGACUGUGUCUGAUUUGUAGACCACACUUUCUGAAGGAUGUAGUUGGAUGGAGCCAUGAGAUCCUACUGGGCUGUUCGUGGAAGAGGAGUAUCUGUCAGGCUUUUUGAUCUGAGAAUAUGGUGGGGUCUAAUCCUAGGGAAGUGAAACUUGCCCAUGAUAAACAUGGGCAGCAUUCAGAGGUCGCAAAUGAAACCAUGGUGGUUAUAAAUGCUGGUUUAUAAAUGGUGGUUUGAUCAGUUCCCUGUUUUUUUUGGAAGCUGGCACCAAAUUAGGAUUUCAAACUAAGGUUUAUAGCAGUUUGUUAACCACAGUAUAUAAUAAUGGUUGUUCUGAUGCUUACAUUUACCAACCAGAGUUUGCUGAGUAGGGCCACCGCAAAUUCAGGAGGAUGUCUUCCAUGGUGGGAGUGGGAGACAACAAAGAAGAUGACAAACAAACCACCGUUUAUAGUGGCAUGGCCACAGAAGGAUAUAACCGGCACUCAAUAAACUACCUGCUCACAGAAA